UAUUAUGUUUUUCAUAUUAUGUCUAUGUCUAUACAUUUAUUUACAUGUCUCAUGCAGUGAUGGAUGGACUUGUUAUCUUUUUUGUUAAGAAGAGGAUUUCUCUGUGAUUAUUAUUAUAAGGUGCAAUGUAGUUUUUAAGACCUUAGGUUAGGUUAGGUUAAGUUCUAUUUAUUAGUAUAUAUAUAUAUUUAUUUAUUUUCAUUUGUAUGUAUUUAGGACAACUAUGUAUAUAUAAUUUUGUAUGAGGCCCUGUAGAGCACCAUUUACUGGUGGAAUAGAGCCUAGAAAACAAAACAAAACAAUAAACAAUAAACAAUGGCGUCGUCCCCGGGGCGCCUGGCGGCCAGCGGAGAAAUCUCAUUCAAAAACAAACCAUGGCGCCGAGGAGAAGGCACCGCAGUGACUCUCCCAAGACUCCGGACAAUUUUGAGUACCUUAGGAGCCUCGGAGAGUUCAAAAAGACCAUCAGGCGGCGAGACACACUCAAGUCCUUCAAAUCCAGCAAGACCAGGCCAGAGUCAGCCACUCCUGCUGGCUUCAACGAGUGUUCCUAGAGGACCGGCCGUGGUGUGUGCUGCCAAGAGCAGUGCUGCAGUGGAGGGGUGAGGCCAGGCAGCAGCAUGAGUGGGCAACAGCAGCAGCAGCAGCAGCAGUCUGCCUCAGGAGUGGGGAGGCAAAGGUGUGGUGGCAACAAUCGCCAGGAGGCAGACAGCUUUGUCCACAGAGGAAGGAGCAAGUUUGUGUGUCAGCAGUGUGGUAAAACUUUUACAAGCAAACCAGGGCUUGACUACCACACCUUGAUACACAGUGGUGUGAAAAAUUAUGAGUGUUUACAAUGUGAGAAGAAAUUUACCCAUAAGUCUAUCCUCACCUCACACACCCUGACACACAGUGGUGUUAAGAAUUAUGAGUGUUUAGAAUGUGGUAAGAAAUUUGCUCGUAAGUCUAUCCUCACCAGACACACUCUGACACACAGUGGUGUUAAGAAUUAUGAGUGUUUAGAAUGUGGAAAGAAAUUUACCCAUAAGUCUAGCCUCUUCACACACACCCUGACACACAGUGGUGUUAAGAAGUAUGAGUGUUUAGAAUGUGGAAAGAAAUUUAGUCGAAAGUCCUAUCUCACCAAACACACCCUGACACACAGUGGUGUUAAGAAUUAUGAGUGUUUAGAAUGUGGUAAGAAAUUUACUCAAAAGUCUAACCUCACCACACACACCCUGACACACAGUGGUGUUAAGAAGUAUGAGUGUUUAGAAUGUGGAAAGAAAUUUACCCAAAGCUCUAACCUCACCACACACACCCUGACACACAGUGGUGUUAAGAAGUAUGAGUGUUUAGAAUGUGGAAAGAAAUUUCCUGUAAAAUCUUCCUUCACUAGACAUACUCUGGCACACAGUGGUGAUAAAAAUCAUGAGUGUGAAGAGUGUGGCAAAAGGUUUCUUACCAUUUCUGAGCUCAAUAAACACACCUUCAGACACACUGGCUUGAGGGACUUCAAGUGUGAUGUUUGUGGGAAGUGUUUCAAGACAAAGUUUGAAAUUGCCCAGCAUGUGGUAAUCCACCUCUGAGGUGAUGUGUUGUGUGGAGCAGUGGGGUCACACCUGUGCCUGAGGGAGUGUGGUGAUAGUGGUGGGUGGUGUAUUAUGCCUAUGUGUUGAAGGGGGGGAGAAGUAACACCCCAGCACUUGUUUUGUUGGUAGUGCAGGUCUCCCGGGGGUGUGGGGGCUGAUAUGAUGUGAGGGCACUUUGCAGUACAUGCAGUACUUCCUGUUUGCUUGGUGCCUCAACAAACAGCACCAGGAGGCAGAGGUUCCCUAAGAGUUACACCAGUGCUCGCUUGGCUAAUGCAGGGAUGAAUUUGUUUGAUUCGUUACGACCGUCAGACGUUAUUGUAAUUUGUGUGUCUUAGGUUAAGUGUAAUGGCAUCCUGCUAGCAGUCUUUGUUAUGUUAUUAUUGUAAUGGUCCCAGGACAACUCAUGCUGUAUGUAUAUUAUAUAUCCCUUUAUUAUUUCAUUGUAUUAUAUGUUUGUACUUCAUGAUUCAUUUGUGCAUUGUAAUAUUUGUUUAAUUUGUGCAGUCUGGGCUGUGUAGGACAUUCUAGUCUAAAGAGUUGAUGCUUCAUGCCAGAACCAGCGAAAUUAGUUGACACGUGCAGCCUUUUUGAAAGCUCCAGGCGUUUAGCCAAUGAGAGCGUAGAUUACACCAUGUGGUGUAAUACAUUUCCCCUCUAGACAGAGCGAGGGACCCACGCGUCAGACACGAGGGAGCUGGCAAACUGUUCACUACCGCCACCCUGCACUUCCUUCUUCCUUGGCUGAGUAUUUUCUCUUCCAUAUUCCUGAUUGCUAGGAUUGUUUCUCUAAGGCACUGUUGUGACUACUGUGUUUGGUGAUUCUGUGAGAAUAUUAUUGUGAUUUCAUCUUGCAGCAGUGCGUGGAUGGUUUGUGAUUACCUGUUUAUAUUUGGGGCCCAGCAAUCUCACUCUGUGUUGGUGAUUUAUUUGUUAUUGUAUGGUGUGGUUAUUUUCUUAUUAAUUCUGAUAAGCUUUGCCCUUAUUUAUUUAUUUACUAAUUUUAUGCUCACCACUAAUAAUUUAUACACACCUGUGCAGCCUAAUUAUCUAAUUUUCCUGUGUUGAACAGUUAUUUCUUGUGUACAGUAUAUGUGAGUCUGCUGCAAGAGGUGUUGACGCUAAGUGUGUGGAUCUUAUUACGGUAUAAGACGGCCGUGUCUGUACCUAUUGUGUGACUGAUUUCUAUUGUUUGAAGUGAAAUAUUGUAUGAUUGCUAUUCAUAGAAUGUAACUAGAAUUACUUUAACUGUCAACCCACUUUAACUUUAUCCUUUAUUGUGAUAAACUUGACUUCUGCUCCAUUUAGUGUAAAUAAAUUUUGUUUAAGAAUU